AUGGAAGAAAGGUAUGAAACUAUUAAAGAUAUUGGAUCAGGAAAUUUUGGAGUAGCAAAACUUGUGAGGGAGAGACAAAGUGGUAAACUAUAUGCUAUCAAAAUCAUUGAGAGAGGCCUCAAGAUUGAUGAACAUGUCCAAAGAGAGAUUAUCAAUCAUAGGUCCUUGAAGCAUCCCAAUAUCGUUAGAUUUAAAGAGGUUUUAUGUACUCCGCUUCAUUUAGUUAUAGUAAUGGAGUAUGCUGCGGGAGGAGAGUUAUUUGAAAAAAUAUGCAGUGCUGGUAGAUUCGACGAAGACGAGGCAAGAUAUUUCUUUCAGCAGUUGAUUUCUGGAGUCAGCUAUUGUCAUUCAAUGGAAAUUUGCCAUAGAGAUCUUAAGCUAGAAAAUACACUUUUAGAUGGAAGCUCUUCACCUCAACUCAAAAUAUGUGACUUUGGUUAUUCUAAGUCGUCCGUUCUACAUUCUCAACCCAAAUCAACGGUUGGAACUCCGGCAUACAUUGCACCGGAGGUUUUGUCGAGAAGAGAAUAUGAUGGAAAGGUUGCUGAUGUUUGGUCUUGUGGGGUUACAUUGUAUGUGAUGCUAGUUGGUGGUUAUCCUUUUGAAGAUCCAGAUGAUCCAAGAAAUUUCAGAAAAACAAUCGAGCGAAUUCUUAGAGUCCAUUAUUCUAUUCCAGACUAUGUUCGCGUCUCGAAAGAUUGUAGAAACCUUCUAUCUCAAAUAUUCGUAGCGAAUCCUGAGAAGAGGAUCACUAUCCCAGAAAUUAAAAUGCAUCCAUGGUUCCGUAAUAAAUUGCCAAUGGAGUUUGAGAAAGAUGAAAAACAAAAGUUAGAAAAUGAUGGGAAUUGUGUUGAUGAUUCUUCAUCUCAGAGUAUUGAGGAAAUAUUGUCGAUAAUUCAAGAGGCAAGAAAGCCAGGUGAAGGACCAAAACUUGAUGGACAAUUUGUUGGAGGAGAAAUGGAAUUUGAUGAAAUGGAUGAAGAUGAUGAUUUUGAUAAUGAUAUAGAAACAAGUGAUGAUUUUGAUUAUGUUUGUGAAAUGUGA